UUUUAAUUUAGUCUCACAUUAUCGUUUAUUUAAAGAGUUUUGAAAAAAGAAAUGAGUGCAAAAAAAAGACAAAGAACCUUUAACUUUUCGCAAGUAUCUAUUAGAAAAGAUCAUGAAAGUGAUGAUUCGAAAUUCUUAUCGUCGUCACAUCAAAAAUUGAGUUGGCAGGAUGAUGUGGAUCACAUUUACUCUGACCCAAUAAAUCAAGAAAUAAACUUGAGCCCAUACGAUGCUCAAUCAUAUAAAGAUUUUGAAGCUAAAGCUACAGUACACCCAAACGAUUGCUGUAAUGUAUUCCUAAAAGGAUUCAGAGGAAUAUGGAAAACACAAUAUACAGAUGAUAUUAAAGACCGAGAAAUAAUUCUUAAAUCGUUAUUGAGAGAGCUGGCAAUUUAUUUAAUCUUUAUCAUUAUUUUGAGUAUAAUAUCGUUUGGUAUGACCAGCUCAAUUAUGUUUUACUUUACCAAAUCUCUAAAAGAUCUAUUUACUGGUCCUAGUCCUCCAUCAAUCUUAACAUUUGAAAAUGUAGCAUCAAUGGAUGAUUUUUUCAACUAUUGUGAUAAAGUUCUGAUUGAAGGGCUUUACUGGGAGAAAUAUUAUAAUGAAGAAGUAGUACCAGAAAACCAGAGAGGUUAUAUAUUUUUUGAAAACAAGUUGUUAGGUCUACCAAGAUUGCGUCAAGUUCGAGUUAGAAAUGACUCCUGUUUAGUUCAUAAGUUCUUCAGAAAUUAUGUUUCAAAAUGUUUUGCUUCUUAUUCGCCGGAGAGUGAAUCUAAAGAUGAUUUUGGUUUGGAAAAUGAUAUUAUUUGGAAAUAUAAAUCUGAAUCAACUCUUGAAGGUAGAGUUUUUUCUGGACAAAUAUCAACAUAUGGAGGUGGUGGGUAUGUUUCACUGUUAGCAAACAAUAAAAACGAAUCAUCACAAAUUUUAUCUAAUCUUAAGCAUAAUCUUUGGCUUGAUCGAGGCACAAGAGCUGUUUUUAUUGAUUUUACAGUUUACAAUGCCAAUAUCAACUUAUUUUGCGUUAUCACUUUAGUGUUUGAGUUUCCACCAACAGGGGGUUGCGUGACGUCUGCUCUUUAUAGACCAUUGAAGUUACUGCGCUAUGUUACAAAUAUGGAUUACUUUGUAAUGGGUUGUGAAGUGAUAUUUGUGAUAUUUAUUCUAUAUUAUUUAAUUGAAGAAUUGCUUGAAAUUAAGAAGCAUAAGUUGGCGUAUUUUUUUGAUGUGUGGAGCAUUUUUGAUGUCCUUGUUCUUUGCAUUGGAAUAUUUUGCAUUGUGUUUAAUAUUUACCGCACAAUAAUAGUGAACAAAUUGUUAGAGGAUUUGUUAGUAAAUCAAGAACAAUAUGCUAACUUUGAUUUUUUAAGUGAUUGGCAGUGUCGAUUUAAUGAUUUUGUUGCAGUUGGAGUUUUUAUUGCAUGGAUAAAGAUCUUCAAAUACAUUAAGUUCAACAAGACGAUGUCGCAGUUGCAGUCAACUUUAGCUCGUUGUGCCAAAGACAUAGCAGUGUUUGCAGUUAUGUUUAUGAUAGUUUUCUUAGCAUAUGCUCAACUAGGGAACCUCCUAUUUGGUUCCAAGUUGAAUGAUUAUAAUACAAUUAUUGAUUGCAUAUAUACGUUGUUUCGCAUCAUUCUUGGAGAUUUUACCUUUUCUGAUCUUAAAAAUACAAAUCCGAUACUAGGCCCAAUAUACUUUGUUACCUUUGUGUUCUUUGUAUUCUUUGUUUUAUUCAAUAUGUUUUUAGCAAUCAUCAAUGAUUCUUAUGCAGAAGUAAAAUCAGAACUAGCAAAUCAAGAAGAUGAGUUUCAGAUGGUUGAUUACUUUAAAAAAGGGUACAAUAAACUGAUAAAUAAGUUAUCCAUAAAAAAAGUGAGAAUCGUUGACAUUCAGGAAGCGCUCAAAAGUUCUGAUAAGAAACAAGAUAAUUUGAGUUUUGAUGAAUGGAGAUCAGAACUUAAGUUACGUGGUUAUGCCGAUGCAGAAAUAGAAGCUGUUUUUGCUAAAUAUGAUAUGGAUAGGGAUUUUGUACUUAAUUCAGAAGAGCGUGGAAAAAUGAUGAUUGACCUUGAACAACAAAAGAAAAAAAUAAACAACGAGAUAGAAGAAGUGUCAAAAGCUAAACAUCAAGUCAUUCAGAGUCAGUUGAUGUUAAAUGAUAUGGAUAUACAUUCUGAUACUGAAAAUAUGAUUGACGAAGACAAUGACAACAGCGAAUAUUCUUUGAGAAGUGAAAGUGCCCAAUCAAGUAACAAAAAGCUUGUUACAUACAACGAGUACACUAUUUUGGCACGUCGUGUUGAUCGUAUUGAGCAUAGUGUUGGUACUAUUCUUUCGAAAGUUGAUCGCUUGUUACUAAAGCUAGAAGCUAUGGAUAAACUUAAGGUUAAGCGACGAGAAACAAUGGUUCAACUUUUGAAUAUUAUUGAGAAUCAAAAUAAUAAUGGUUCUAACGCGGAUCAAGUAUCAUUAGAGAACACUCAGUCUCAAUCACCAACAACUUCAAUAAAGAAUGGAAGUAUAAACAUUUAGCAAUAAUAAUUGAUUAAGAAAUGACAUCUGAAAUUACAACAAACUUAUUAUUUUUUUUGUAAUUUUUUUUUUAUUAUUUAAAAUGUUCAUUUUUGUUUG